UUGUAAAAUUCUGAAUAAGUUAUAAAUUUAGAAUUUUAUUUUUUUUAUUUUCCGGGACCGUUCAUCUUUUUUGUCCGUUGUAAUCCGUAAAAAAAUUGUAACAAUCUUAAGGUAGUAGUCAUAUCCGUGCACGAUGGGGGGUAUGGACAGAUUCGGUUUUGACGCUCACACCAAAAACGGGAGUAGUUCCGAGACUCUGGUUGUAAACGUUUCGGCUGGAUUGGGUGGCUACCACUCCGAUCAACAUUCCUUUUGGAUCGAGUGCGGCCGUGGGGUCCACUCCGAUCACUACCUUCGUUGGAUCGAGCGCGACUAUGGGGUCCGCUCCGGUCACCUCGGUUAUUGGACCAACCGCGGCUACAGCCGAAAUGGUCACCCCACUCGGACCGAAUAUGGCUUCGGCUUCAUUCCCUCACUUGGAACAAACACGAGUGUCUUUACAUCCGCACCGGUCGGACAUCCUAAUGUCAUGCUGCUUGCGAACUCUGUCAAAGAACUGGCAAAGUUCACAGGUGUUGGCUUUAAAAUAUGGCAGCAAAGGAUGUUAUUUUGGCUGACCACCCAACCUUGCGAGGGGAAAAAAAAGGCAAUAGUUUCUUGUUUUUCUUUAGAGAGAGCUCUUGAUUUUCCAGCCAACUUUCUGGCAAUCCUCUUCAAAGUUUUGGUCGCCAAUGUUCCUACGUUGUUCUUGUUCGUUGGUGUGUGGUUGGUCCGUACAAUCUCCACAAACACCAAACUCUUUCAAGCUUAUGACAAAGGUAAGAGAAAGAAACUAACCAUUUAUCAUAUUAUUGGCUCCAAUGGAAAAGGAUACUACAACCUUGAAGAUAUCAAGAAUGAAGCAGUAUCCUACUUUGUUAACACCUUCAAGAAAACACAUCUUCCCUCAGUUGACCCCUUCCUUCCCCUCAUCCCCCUUGUUUUCUCCCCUCAAGACAACUCCCUUUUCAGCACCCUACCAACUUUGGAAGAGGUUAAACAAGCUGUUUGGGAACUGGAUGAUAACAGUGCCGGAGGCUCAGAUGGUUUUAAUGGAAAAUUCUUCAAAACCACAUGGGAUAUCAUAAAACAUGAUGUACUCAAUACCUCUCAGGAGUUCUUCUUAGGUGUCCCUAUCCCAAAGGCUUAUGGCAGCACCCUCCUGACUCUCAUUCCCAAAACUGAAAACCCCGGGAAGUUUGAUGACUUCAGACCCAUCUCUCUUUCAACUUUCAUGAGUAAGAUAAACACCAAGCUCCUGGCCAGCAGACUGAGCACCUUACUGCCAAAACUCUUAUCCCCAGAACAGGCAGCCUUUCAAAAAGGAAAAUCCAUUGAUGAUCAUGUACUUAUGGCAGAGGAGGCCAUUCACCUAAUUGACAAGAAAGUUUUUGGGAGUAACCUCAUUAUCAAAAUUAACAUGGCUAAAGCUUUUGAUAGGUUGGACUGGGAAUAUCUUGAGAAAAUUCUGGCUGCUUUUGGUUUCAACUCUCACUCAAUCAACCUACUUAUGGCAAACCUCAAAGGAACCAACUUUAGUGUGCUUAUCAAUGGAGAACCCACAGGAUACUUCAGGAUGGAGAGGGGUGUCAAGCAAGCUUCUGGUCAGGAGAUCAACUUCUCUAAGAGCAAAUUCUACUCCUCCAAGAACACAACCACCACUCAGGCUCAGAACAUGGAGAAAGCGUUAGCUGGUCAUUGUGGAAAGCUCGCAACUCCCAUCUCCAUAAUGGGAUCAUUCCUACGCCAGAAGGCAUUACUCAAAGCUGAUGAACAGCUGGUUACCGAAUUCCUCUCAGGAGAUGAGGGUGAAGAUCCCCCAAUUAGCUCCGUUUAAAUCGGCUCAUAAUCCGAGUUGCUGGGCUUAGCUUUUGUUAUAGUUCUACUAUGGCUUUUGCUUCUUGGAUUGCACUGAUGAUAGUCUUAGGUCUAGUGUGUCUCUUGUUGCUUUGGUUAUUCGGUCUACUCUUGAAUCAACAGUUUUGCUGCCU